AUGCUGAAACAAAUCCUCUGCGCUCUCGUUGUAUUCGUUUUCAAAAACUCGGUUGUGAGCCCCGACCCGAAUGAAGGAAGAGCUUCGCUGUUAUCUCAGCACCUCAAACGGAUGUCCCAAAGCCAUCUCAAGCUUGCCGACAUUCAGGCAAACCUGGAUCGUUUAUCCUUCGCGCCGGCGCCCUUCGACCGCGAUGAAAUUUUUGCCAGAACCUUCGGAUCUCUCAAGAGGAAACACCGCGAACUCUACACGGUUCUGGCCAAUGCGUCCCAAGAGAUCCACGACCUCAUGCAUCAGACAGCUAUCGACGUCAAUCUCCCACCGCAGUUUUGCUGCGAUAUGGAUACAUGGUUGAAAAUGGAUCCGAUUUUCGGAGCUGAGAUCGCGCCAAACACAACGUGUAGUCCGAGUAGAGAGGCGGAACCGUUUCAUGAUCUCCGACCCGUCUUCAACCGCAUCGCGACCGCGAUCCCAGCGGCCAAAUGGCAGUUUCUGAUCACUCAGAAGACCCAUAUCGAGUUUCCAGCUCAGGUCGGAAGCUACUGCGGCGAUAUUACGAGGCAUAGGAGUGCGUAUGCGCGGGCGGUUCGUCCGAGAACGAAAAAUAUUGUCGUGCUGCUCGAUCACGGUGGUGCAACAGGACAACAACAGCUCACCGUGGGGAAGGCUAUCGCACGAUUCUUCGUUCAGAGCUUAUCGCCCCAAGAUCGAAUCGCGGUCAUCGCGGUGGCGGAUACAUGGUCGGCUCCCAGAGACUGCCAUAUCCUUGAGGCGGCGACCGAUGAAACCGUUCACCGGGUUCUCGACUUCAUUGAGAGACUGAAACCCGUCAGCAACAACACCAAUCACCGGGAAGGCUUCGCUCAGGCCUUCGAGUAUUUGAGACGGACUCGUUCACCGAGUGAAGACGGUCUCGCCGACGCUCUGAUCGCGUUCAUAUCCGUGGGGAAACUUUCACACCUCAACGAUCGAAAAGAUAUCUUGAACUUCGUGAACCUCAGACGACGGGAGCUGAAAUCCUACCGGGUGAUCAUCAACACGUACAUGCUUGGAGAUCCUAAGAAAAGCAUUGUUUUCGCCCAAGACUACCUCAAGGCCAUCGCAGAGACGGCCGUUGACCCUCAAAGCUCACGGGGCGGACGGGCCUACGUUGUGAAUUCGACGGACAUGCUGAUGUCGACAGCUGGUCAGUUCGUCGAAGCCUUCCUGCCGAGUGAGGUUUUCCCACCACUGAACUACUCAACGCCUUGGUUCGAGCCGAUCACCCGGCAGCUCAUGGUGACCGUCGCGCUCCCGAUCCGUCUGAGAGGAAUGAACUCGAUCCCCGACGGUGUGCUCGGAGUCGAUCUCCCAUUGCAGUAUUUCGUUGAAGACUUUCAAUUACCCGAACAAACACCGGACCGCUUUGCCUUCAUGGUCAACACCGACACCGGACACGUAAUGUCGCAUCCGCAUUUCGUGCCGAGCAAAGCCGUGGCUCUGGAAGCAGCGCCUCCACUCAUAAGCUCGCUGGAACCCCAGCUCCCACCGCUGAUGAUGUAUAGGAAAACUCGCAUCGAUCUCUUCGAUGCUGAACCUAUGCAGUAUUCGUGGCGAUUUAUCGAGGGAACGCCUUUCUCGGUUUUCGUCGCGUUCAAAAUAUCCGGGCGUUACGCAGUAACUCUCAGGAGCGUAAUCCCGCUUAAAGAAAUCGCCGCCCGGAACCUGAUCUAUCACCGGCUGGACCUUCUCCCUCAUAUACCGAAGUGCCUCUACGGGGGUCAAGUCUCGACGAUGCAGGGUUUCGGAGUUUUCCUCAGCCCUACCGCCUUCGCGAGUCCUUUCUCGCACCUCAACAGCGAGGAGACGAAACAGAGCGUGCGCGACCUGACAAAAUUCAUUUUCGACCGCUCCAACCUCAUGGGGAAUCCGGGAAUCGUCAAACAGCACAUCAAGGAGGAAAUCCGACUCCUGGCCUACCUCACCAAAGAUUGGAAUUUGAUGGCUCCUCAGGAUUUUAUGGUACGACGUUACGUCGCCAGUAGCAAAGGUGUCGUUAUCAGUCAGCCAGCGACGAUGGUCCCGAAGAGAUUCGACCCAAGUACUCGGGAAUGGUUCGUUCACGCCGCGGAUCUCCGUGACAGGACCGUGAUCACAGGGCCGUAUCUCGACGUGGCUGGUUACGGUCAGAUCGUCACCGUCAGCCGAGCCUACGUGAAACAGGAUAACGUCAUCGCGGUGGUUGCGAUGGAUCUGAACGUUGGAUACUUGAAUAAACUGAUCACGGACCUGUUCCCCGAGUGCGACACGCGGUCCACCGGCUGGGCGGAGACGUCCUGCUUCCUGAUGGACAACAAAGGAUACGUGGUCUCGCACCAGACUCUGGUCGAUCCGACCAUUUUACAGCACACGGCCAAAACCCCGAUCGAAGAGCAUCACAUCGCUCACAAGGAACCGGCUAUUGCGAAUGAGAUCCUAAGCUUGAAGAACUUUUCCAAGAAAUCCGCAUGUGUCUCACCGUCGGAUCGGAGCGUGCAGCGAACCUACGAUCUGAGACUGUCGCUAGCGAAUGCGCUCCCAAACUUGAUCUCGGGCGAACUAUCUUGCAAAAAGUACCAAAUAUCGGCCGUCUCCCACACAAAUGUGUUCCUGGGCCUAGUCAACAGAACCUGCGAAGGCGUGCACGCGUUCACCCCUUGCGGCGUGAAUGACAGGGGCUGCCUCAACUGUAAGCGGAUGGCGCAGGAGGACCCCGAAUGUCCCUGCGAGUGCAGCAUCGGUGACAAUUGGGGCUCGGACGAGAUGCUAUGCAGUAGCGAUUCCUCGCCAUCGGCCGAUAUCCGGGAUCUGGAUCUGUGCCCCGCGUGGUUCCGAGCUCAGGACACUAUCUUACCGAACUUCUCUUCGCUGCAAGACACGCUCUUGCCUUGCUCCGAGGCCAACUGUCCCGCUAAAUCGAAUCCGAGUGAAUGUUUCGAGCUAUCCAGCUGUUCGUGGUGUGUGGCGAACUUGGCUCGUGUCCCCCUCGAUCAACCCAAUUGUCUGCCGCAGAGUUCUUGUUACGGCGGAAUUCUGAACGGUCCGUCCCCAUAUGACUCUUUGGUCACUUUGCAGAUCCUGGUGAGUUGGGCUAUCAGGAAAGUGUUUGGUCCUGUUCUCGCAGUCAUGGUCGUGAUCGGUGUGGUUAUCGGCGUGGCCAAGUUCACUUGCAAAACCGAAGACUCCCCGUACUCCUAUCCGGGUCGGGAUCAGAACAUGCCCCUCUGCCUGCCAUCCGAUCUCGAUGUUGAUCAGAUCACCAACCAAACUCAAUCUGCUGGAGUGCAAGCGAACUUGUUGCUCAACUCCUAUGGAUCAGCCGUCGCGGGCUUGGGCUCUCCGUAUCGCUACCCGGGUCAGAGCUACCGCAUUCGGCCCACGGCUCCGGAGUCGGACUUGGGCUACUCUUCGACAGUGACACCGUCGACAGAGACGGCUCCAUCGCGUAAUUUGCGGCGUGCCACCAGUUGCUCAAGCGGCCGCGCCAGUUCCCCGAGCGAAUGUUCGUCGAGCACCGCCGACGUUAAGAAAAUACCCUCAGUCAUCACAACCACGGCUCAGAUUCAUUUCAGUGAAGCUGAUCUGAAUAAAGAGACGUCAGUUAAGAAGGACACCGUAAUCAGCGAGAGCAUAAAAAUGAAGGAGGAAAUCGAGAAUGGCGCAGACAGCGAAAUGCUCGCGAAUACAGCCGAUCUCAUUGAAAACUCUGCGCCGCUCGCCGACCUCGUUUGCUGA